AUAUACUUAUUUUAUAGAAAAAUACUGAUGUUACAACAAUAAGAUUAUAGUUCCAUGUAGUGCCUAUAACCACCUUUUCCCUUACUGCCUCCUAAUUAUCUUUUAGUUCUUAGUCUUCCAGCAGUGGGGAGAAACCAAAGAGGGGUAAGAAGUCGUAGAGUGUCUGAGGCAUCCAGUGGACACCCAUGGUCCAUUGGGUAUGUUCAUUCCAGGAGUACUUUGCUAUGUCAGUUGCCUUGGAACUCAGAAUGUGUUUUCUUGUAAAAAGUAUUCUUCUAAAUGAGGCACAAAAAAUCUUCCCCGAUACAACUGACAUGCUGGAUAUUUGCACUGAAAAACAGUAAAAGCAAGCAAAAGCUCUAUAAUACAUUGGAAGCAUUAAUCAAAAUAAUUAAAGAAUAAAAUUGAAUAAAUAUUGAUUCUCAAGAGAUUAAAAUAAUUUCUGGAGAUUCAUGUGGGGACUUUUUAGUAUUUUUAAGAGCUUAAUGAGUUGGUACACUGAUUCUUUAGUAUGUUUAACUUCAUUUCAAAGCUUAUGACUUUUCAUUGGUAGUUAAUAGGUAGACCACUAUCAUUUCUCUUAAUUUUAUGUGCAGUCAUUAAAUUCCUUGCAGGAUAAGGGUUGGAGAAUGCUUAUAAGUGGAAUGAAGAAUGAGAGGAAUAGAGAUGUUUCUGACUUAAUUGGCCAAAAUCCCUUAGAAUACAUUUUAAAAGAGACGGGCAAAGAGAGUAUAUAUUCACCUAAAAUAAGUGGUUUAUGGUAGAAUUAGUCCAGCCCUGGGCAGUUUCCCAAGCCAGAGACAAAGCAUGGUGUAUAUUUGAGCUCCUGGAGAAAAGAAAGGGAUAGUAAAGAAGAGGGACUGGAUUGCUGCCCACCUUAAAGUGAGGUGUAGCAACAUCUCCAAGGGGUGUGAGCCAACACCUGUCAUGCUGAUUUUAUAUAUGAAAUUGAAGUUCAGAGUUGAAAUUGUUGCAUUUGAAGUUCAGAGUUGAAAUUGUUGACUGUCUGUGGGUACGUGGUUUUAGAAAUGUUCAUUUUGGCUAUCAAUUAUAUUUGUUCUCUAGUUAAUAUGUAGAUUAAAAUGAGACUCUUCCCAUAACCCCUAAUAAAAUGCUGAUACAGAGUAUGUAUUCAGUAAAUAUUAGUGUCCCUGUUUGAGUUUGAUUUUUUUAUGCUGUGAAGGGUAAAUUGACCAGAAAUUUUUCAAAAAUAUAUUGAAAUCUCUUAUAAAUCUAGACUGUAAUUUAUCACUGUAAUUUCACUGUUCUGUGAUUCUGUGGCAUGCUUGUUCAUACCGUCGAUUUUCUGAUUUGCUGACUUUUCUGAACUGGUUUUGGAGGGGUCUUGUGGAAUAGGAAGAUAUGGAGGGUGGAUUUUGAAGACAACUCUUCAAGAGGAAUUAUGGUUAAGUCAGCAAACAAAGAAAACAUGGUAUUUUGAAGUAUGAUUAAACUCCUGAUGCUGCAGCAGAGGCUAAUAAUAUUAAUGGCCAGAUCUAGUGCACACAUGGUCUUCUGAAGAAGCCAUGGGUAGCUGUUGUAGCUGUCCAGAUAAAGACACUGUCCCAGAUAACCAUCGGAACAAGUUUAAGGUCAUUAAUGUGGAUGAUGAUGGGAAUGAGUUAGGUUCUGGCAUAAUGGAACUUACAGACACAGAACUGAUUUUAUACACCCGCAAACGUGACUCAGUAAAAUGGCACUACCUCUGCCUGCGACGCUAUGGCUAUGACUCGAAUCUCUUUUCUUUUGAAAGUGGUCGAAGGUGUCAAACUGGACAAGGAAUCUUUGCCUUUAAGUGUGCCCGUGCAGAAGAAUUAUUUAACAUGUUGCAAGAGAUUAUGCAAAAUAAUAGUAUAAAUGUGGUGGAAGAGCCAGUUGUAGAAAGGAAUAAUCAUCAGACAGAAUUGGAAGUCCCUAGAACACCUCGAACACCUACAACUCCAGGAUUUGCUGCUCAGAGCUUACCUAAUGGAUAUCCCCGAUAUCCCUCAUUUGGAGAUGCUUCAUCCCAUCCUUCAAGCAGACAUCCUUCUGUGGGAAGUGCUCGCCUGCCUUCAGUAGGGGAAGAAUCUACACAUCCUUUGCUUGUGGCUGAGGAACAAGUACAUACCUAUGUCAACACUACAGGUGUGCAAGAAGAGCGGAAAAACCGCACAAGUGUGCAUGUUCCAUUGGAGGUGAGGGUUUCUAACGCUGAAAGCAACACACCAAAAGAAGAACCAAGUAGUAUUGAGGACAGGGAUCCUCAGAUUCUUCUUGAACCUGAAGGAGUCAAAUUUGUUUUAGGGCCAACCCCUGUUCAAAAGCAAUUAAUGGAAAAAGAGAAAUUGGAGCAACUUGGAAGAGAUCAAGUUAGUGGAAGUGGAGCAAAUAACACAGAAUGGGACACUGGCUAUGACAGUGAUGAACGAAGAGAUGCACCCUCUGUUAACAAACUGGUGUAUGAAAAUAUAAAUGGGCUAUCUAUCCCUAGUGCCUCAGGGGUCAGGAGAGGUCGUCUGACAUCCACCAGUACCUCAGAUACCCAGAAUAUCAACAACUCAGCUCAGAGAAGAACUGCAUUAUUAAACUAUGAAAAUCUACCAUCUUUGCCUCCUGUUUGGGAAGCCCGCAAGCUAAGUAGGGAUGAAGAUGACAAUUUAGGACCAAAGACCCCAUCUCUAAAUGGCUACCAUAAUAAUCUAGAUCCAAUGCAUAACUAUGUAAAUACAGAGAAUGUAACAGUGCCGGCAAGUGCUCACAAAAUAGAAUAUUCAAGGCGUCGGGACUGUACACCUACAGUCUUUAACUUUGAUAUCAGACGCCCAAGUUUAGAACACAGGCAGCUUAAUUACAUACAGGUUGACUUGGAAGGUGGCAGUGACUCUGACAACCCUCAGACUCCAAAAACGCCUACGACUCCCCUUCCACAAACCCCUACCAGGCGCACAGAGCUGUAUGCCGUGAUAGACAUCGAGAGAACUGCUGCUAUGUCAAAUUUGCAGAAAGCACUGCCACGAGAUGAUGGUACAUCUAGGAAAACUAGACACAAUAGUACUGAUCUGCCCAUGUGAGCCUGGAAAGCAUUAUGUUGUUUGCACCUUUGUGAAGUUUUUAAAAAUGAAGAUGCAAGAGCUUCAUUUUCAUUUCUAAAUACUCCUUUUAUAGACUGAUAAAAUUUUUUUCUGAGUAUUUCAUGUGCAUCUUUAACUAAAGGGAAUUAAUGUAGAGCAGGUACUCCUUAAAGAACACUAAUUUCAUUAUAUACUACUCGUUGUACAGCAGCAUUCCUGUUUUCACAGUGCCUAUUUAAAAUGAGAGUUGAAGUGAAUGACAUGCUGGUUGAUUUUUAUCAAUAUUCUGGACUUAACGUGUAUCUUUCAUGUCUAAGUCAUAGUUGGCUUUUAAAACUUUUUAUAAAGCCUCUUGACAAUGUGCAUUGCUAACAGAUAACUAUAGGCUUUGAAAGUAAUGCUCGUAGAUUCAGUGUUCACAGUAUGUGGCCUCCAGCAUGUAACAUGAGGAAUCCUUUAUUUCAUUAAUUAAAGGCUUUUUUACUUGAGCCAAAACAUAUGUAAAGGAAACAAGUACCACACCUCCUCUUAUACCAGUCAGCUCCUUUGCCUUCAGUGUUACUAGAAAGCAGCCUGUGUCCAUGAGUAUGGUUUGCUGUUGGUGCACUGAAAGGCAAGAAGGAGACAAGAUUUUCUAUUUACUCAUCUCAUGAUGUCAUUUGAAGGGCAUGUCCACAUAUCUUACUCAGAAUUAUAAUAGGCUCAAGAAUCAGUCUCAGGUCACUUUACCCAAAAACAUUUGAAAAUCUGAACCACAAUCUCUUGAAAGUUUUUCUCCUAUAGAUUAUUGACAAAACAUUGUUUUCUGGAGGCAUUUGUGCCAUUAGGUUUCCAUUUAUCUUCAGUUUUUUCUUCGGUGUUUGGGAUGUCUUAUUUUGUUGCCUUACGUCCUUUUCAAUUUAAAAUGUUUGAGAUUGUAUAUAGUUUUGAAAUUGCAUUAUGUGUUCAUUGUUGUUUAGUUUGCAUUUUUGUCAAAUUAUGGUUUUGAAGGUUCAUUUGGAACUUACUGUUAUUCUAUAACAGGGUUGCCCUUGUCCAGUAUUUAUUUAUAUGCUGUUUACUUUUCAAGUUGAUAAAAACAUUCUCUCAAUUCUAAAUUUACUUGUGUCCACAGGUGAUCUCUUUAGCAACUGAGAAAAAAAGGAAGAUACUUUUAAUAUGCAAAGUUCCCUCAAGGUGUACCGUGUUUUCUCUGUGGGCACUCUUCCCCAGCACUUUAGCAGUAAUUCCCCCAGCUACACGCUGCAGUUGUACUCUGCCCACUCUAGUGUUCCUCAGCUCUGCUGUCCUUUUACUUGUAGCUGGAUCUUUGAUUAUCCUUCGAUUUCCAUGAAAUACUAAUAUUGUUGCCAGCAUAGCAGGUACAGUGGAAGUCUUGUAGCAAUGAGAUUGUAUCAUAAUUUAGGAUUUAAAAUGAAUUAAAGUUUAUAUAAACUGAAGAGUCUCCAUAUGUCAAACUCUUGGAAAAUCAAAGAUGUUCCAAUUUCCUAAACACUAGAGAAUAUGAGAGAAGGUAGAGUGGAAAAAGGUUAGGUAACCUUGCAAAAUAUUUUACUAUUUUCUCUAAAUAUGAGGAAGUUUGAGAUUAUGAUCUGGAUCUACCAGAUAUAACUAAGGUUAAUUUAGCAUGAAAAAGUUUUAGUCAUAUUAGCAUCCAACCUAUUCAGUAAAUAACCGAAUCAUAGGACAGUGAUGGAUUAGGAGAACAGUAGAGUGGGAUCAUUAUAAAGAAAAUAAAUUAUUAAAGGUGUCUUUAUCGUUUUCAGUGCCAUUUUAGUGUCUUCAUUAUAAAUCAAUAUCAGUGUAUUUUAUCAUUCUAUGUGCAUAGCAGAAUUUUCUUUUCCCCCUUUUGUUCCCCUGUGAACUUGGUGCUUAUUAAAGUGUUCACUGUUCCCUUAAAAGAGAGCAGUGGUAUAGGUGUGCAGUUUCCGUGAUGCAGGUUCCAUUUUUAAUACAUUGUUCCACUGUCCUUUCUUCUGAGUAAAUUGCUAAUUGUGCCAAAUUUAUGUAAUAGUUUUUGUAAUGUGGAAUAAGAAUUAUGAUGGAACCAAUGCACAUAGUUUUUUCUGAAACAACCAGUCAAGGCAGAACAUUAAUCUCCAAAUGAAAGGGCUGAUCUAUUUAUUCAUUUUGGAGGUUGGAUACUUUAUUCUUUCCGUCAUCCUUUUCAUUGUUUCCUCCGGAUUCUAAUUAGUUUUUAUUUUUUUAGAUAACUCCAAUAUAAUCAUUACAGUUUAUGCUUUAAAUACUGUGUGCUUUAAAAAUGAAAAUGGGACCAAUUUGCUAAGAAUUUGAUUUUAGGUACUAUAAGAGUAUUAGGAAGAUAUAUACAACUGGUGUUAAUUUCUAGAUGUCUUCUAGAAAUCACUUGUGUUCCUAUUUAAUAAAAGGUAACUUAGAAUACUACUUGUCCUUUGCAGUAGUUUAGUAAUGGGCAUUAAGCUGUGUCCUGGAAGGAUGUACCUAUUACUAGGUGCAUUUUAGAAUGAAAUAUUAAUAUUUUAUUAGUAUAUAAUUAUGGCCAUAUAUCUCAGAUUUUCUGAGGCAGAUCUAAUUUUAGAUAAUUCUGUUGGUAGACCAUGUGAUCCUUCUUUUUGGUUUUGGAAAUAUAAUCAUUGUUAAUGUUUUCCCUCCAAAUAGAAUACUGUUUUAUCCAUAUAAAUCAUAGCAGCAUCUAUCCCAUGCCAGGGUUGGAAACUGAUAUUGGUAUCACCUGUGUUUUUUCUUAGUAUGUUUUAUUUCCCAGUUUCAUCUUAUUUUAAAAAUGAAAAUAUGGUGCCUUCCCUCCCUCCAGGAAGACUGGCAAAUAGUUCCUUUUAUUUACUGCUGCUGUGGAGUGAUGAGAUACGCACUUUACUCUUGAAGAUUCAGCAAAAAGCUUUUCACUUCCCAGUAUAUCCAGAAUACAUCACAUCUGGGACUUAGGAAAAUUUGCCAAGCAAUCUUUGUUUUUAUAGAUACUAAUGUUGACCCUCUCCACCGUUCAAUGUUAUAAAUAGAACAAGUCAAGCUAGUGUUUGUUAAUCUCCUUUCCCUCCCCAAAACUGUGGCACAGCAUAUAAAAAUGUACCUCAAUAAUGUUCUAUUAAAAAUGGGACAGGGGCCUUAUGUUUUCAUAAUUUCCCAACAAUGUGCCGCCAUAUUUUUGCCUCAAGGUAAAGGUUUUAACAGAUGAAAAAGUACUUCCCAAUUCCCCCUGUGCUAUUCCUAACCUGUAAUGCCCAAAUGUUUUGUGCAAUGUGUAGUGUGUGUGUAUAAAUACAUAUAUUCUUGAAGUAGACAUACCAUCAGAGACAUCAUUCACAAGUAACUGAUGUAUUGGCAUCUCAUUCAUAUUUCUGAUGUGUGAGGUAUAUGGUACUAAUUACCUUUUCCUUGAUGUUUGCCAAAUUUGAAUAAAGGCAUUGGUACGAAAUUACAGAAUGUAAAGAAAAUGUUUUUGGCUUGAAAAAUUAACAAAUAUUUUAUGACAUACCACAGUAUACUCUGCCCAAACCAGCCCCCUAUCUAUCUUUCCUGUUCUUUACAUCCCUGUUCCCCAUCCCUACUUCCUCAUUUUUUGGGGGUAUAACACAGUUCUUUGUAGCAUCAUUAUAAUUGCAGUUCUAUGGCAAUUGGACAAUUAUAAUUAUAGCAUGGAAACAGACUGGUAUUAAUAGUACAGUAGUCACCAGUGUGCCACAUUUGCAUUAGUAAUGCAAAAUAUACAUUUUAUAAAGGACAAACUUUGUGUUAUGUUUUAUUUUCAUUACAGUGUAUAAUAUUGUAAGAUUAUUGUAUGUCCUCAUUUGCAUUAUAAAUGUUUUUUUCCUACGUAAAGGCAUAAAUAUAGCAACUUUGUAUAAAGGUAGCUUAUUAGAUUUUUAAUUUUUUCUUUUAUAAAAAAUUGUCUAACAGUGGGACUACCAUUGCCAAAUUGUAUAUGAAAUAUGAAUUUUACCCCCAUGGUUAAUUUCUUCUAUAAACAUUCCAUAUUUCUCUAAUAAAGGACAUAAGUGAUACUGUACUAUGCAUAAAUUGUAUCUUAAUGCUGUUUCAGAUCAGCAUUUUAAAUUUUGGUUUGCAUUUUUAAUAUUGGCAAAACGUAACCACUGUUAAUUAAAAUAAAACCUUGUAUAUGUAACAACAUAAUUUGCCCUCUAUCCCUUCCCACCCUUUGUUCUCUAUUUCUCCCUAUCAGUGCCAACUUCAUACAUUUUGUAGCAUGGCAAUAAAAUAUAACUUUUACACUGAGGCCGAGUGUGGCUUUUUGGAGGAAGUGGGGAUGGGACAAUUGCCCUCUAGUUGUCUUUUGCAUAUGACUGUUUUUGCAUAUAAGCCAUGUCAUCAGGCAUGAAAAGUUCUCUCAUAUAUGAUGUAAACAUGCUUUUAAGGACAAGUGUGAAUGUGCUUUUUAAGCUUAAUUUUUGUCAAGACAAAUAAUUUUUUUAUCUUUGGAGAAGUCAGAGUUCUUUUAAGUACAAUCAAACGUUUAUUAACUGGAGUACUUAGAAUAAGCUAGUAAUUGAAUUUAGUUCAACAAGGGCUAAGCAACACAUUUUUUAAAAUUCUUAUUUAUUGUAGAGUAUUAUACUGUCCUACAAAUUAUGUAAAAUAUGGUUUAAUAUUAGAUGACUUUGGAUUUUGCAAUGCCUUACUGUUGUCAUUCUAGCAUAAAUAUCCAUGAUGAGGUACUCAAGUUGAUACUGGAAGCUGAGCUGAUCAUACACUGACCUGAAGCAUUCAUGAAAAGCUGCUUUGUUGAAUAAAGUCUGAUUGGAGUUCUUUUCAUGCUCACUUUCCCCUUACUGCCGAAAGUAGAUUGCAAUAAAACCCCAAUAAAACGUGGUUGGAUAUCUA